GGCCUUGGAUAUCUCCCCAUCGUAAGUGGUCAUGGAAAGGGAUGAUGGGUUGCAAUUUAGGCAUACCCUUUCAAUUCCCUCCAACCUUCUUUAGUUUCAACUCCAAAUCCUUUUCCAUACCUUUUCUCAACUCAACUAAUUAAAUAGCAGAAAUUUUAACUAAAACAAAAAGGAAACUCCAUAUUUUUUUAAGGGGGUAUUCCUAGGCUUCCCAUGCAUUUUCCACCAACGCCUAGUUGAGGUUAUAUGUUAAUUGGGAGCCACAUUAUUAUCGGUGGCUUAGCUUUGAAGGGCCAAUGCCAACGGGCGUGCGCGUGGCAGGGCUUAUGCGCGCACCGGCCCCAUUGAUCAGCGCCGCUUCUUCCUUCUUCUUCCUCUUUUUCUUACUCUCAUCAUCAUGCAUAAUUGUGGUCUUCUCGGUUUCUGAUGCCGAAACUUUGCUCCAAUUCAAGCGAUCUUUGACAUCGGCCACGGCUCUUAACAAUUGGAAACCUUCGGUUCCGCCUUGCGAGCACCACAAGUCGAAUUGGGCUGGAGUGCUUUGUUUGAAUGGGCACGUUAGAGGUCUAAGGCUUGAAAAUAUGGGACUUAAGGGAGAAGUUGAUAUGAAUUCCCUGGUUUCAUUGACUCGUUUGCGUACACUUAGCUUCAUGAACAACACAUUGGUUGGGUCUUGGCCUCCUGUUAUAAGCAAAUUAGGAAGUUUGCGGUCUGUUUAUCUUUCCUAUAACCAUUUUUCAGGAGAAAUCCCAGAUGAUGCCUUUACGGGUAUGAAAUUUUUGAAGAAAGUAUUUUUGACCAAUAAUGAAUUCAAGGGCCCAAUUCCCUCAUCUCUCGCUUCACUGUCUAGGCUUAUGGAGUUGAGACUCGAUGGUAACAAAUUCAAAGGCCAAGUCCCUCCACUUCAAAUACAUACUUUGACCAAACUUAAUGUUUCCAAUAACGAAUUGGACGGCCCUAUUCCCACUAGUUUAAGCCAUAUGGAUCCUUCAUGCUUUUCAGGCAACAUUGAUCUAUGCGGGGAUCCACUACCAGAAUGCGGAAAAGCCCCAAUGUCAUCCUCGGGGCUACUAAAGAUCGCAGUGAUAGUCAUAAUUGUGGGGCUAACAUUAGCAGUACUAGCUGCAAUUUUCAUCAUAUUGAAUUUAAGAAACCAGCCAGCAGCAUUACAACUAGGGAAGGAGAAUGCAGGGAUGAUAAACAUGGAAGAUCAGGAUCAGAACAAAUACGUGAACGCUAAGCAGGUAACAGCAGGGGUAGGGGACGGAUAUAGAUCAAUAGAGUCAUCAUCAUCGUCGGUGGCUCAGGCAACGAGGCGAGGAGGGGCCGAGCAUGGAAAACUGUUGUUUGUGAGGGACGACAGGGAGAGGUUCGAUUUACAAGACUUGUUAAGAGCGUCGGCGGAAAUUUUGGGGAGUGGGUCAUUUGGUUCGUCGUAUAAAGCAACAAUACUUAGUAAUGCAGUGGUGGUGAAGCGUUAUAAGCAUAUGAAUAAUGUGGGAAGAGAAGAGUUUCAUGAGCAUAUGAGAAGGUUAGGGAGGUUGACGCAUCCCAAUUUACUUCCUUUGGUUGCUUACUAUUAUAGGAAGGAAGAGAAGCUGUUGAUUUCAGACUUUGUGGAUAAUGGGAGUUUGGCCAGCCAUUUGCAUGGGAACCACAACCUGGAAGAGGCAGGACUAGAUUGGGCAACAAGAUUGAAGAUCAUAAGAGGCAUAGCAAGGGGCCUUUCUUACCUGUACACCUCGCUCCCAAACGUAUUAGCAGCACAUGGACAUCUCAAAUCUUCAAAUGUGUUGCUAGACGAGUCCAUGGAGCCAUUGCUGACGGACUACGGUCUAAGCCCAGUAGCCAAUCUAGAGCAAGGGCAGAGUCUAAUGAUGGCCUACAAAUCCCCUGAGUAUGCUCAAAUGGGUCGCAUAACCAAGAAGACAGACGUCUGGAGUUUCGGAAUAGUCAUUCUUGAAAUGUUAACUGGUAGAUUCCCAGAGAACUACCUGACACGAAACCACGACCCGAAAGCCGACCUUGCGGCUUGGGUUAACAACAUGAUCAAGGAAAAGAAGACGCCGCUAGUGUUUGACCCCGAGCUGGGGCGAGCCAGGGAGAGUAGUAAAGGGGAGUUGCUGAAGAUGCUUAAGAUUGCGUUGAGUUGCUGUGAGGAAGAUGUGGAUAGACGAUUGGAUUUGAAUCAAGUAGCUGCAGAGAUUGAAGAUUUAAAUGAUGAAGAUUUGAGUGAUGAUGAUGAUGAUGAUGAUGAUGAUGAUGAUGGACAUAAUUUCUCCCCUACUUCUCGCCAUAUUCAUAUUGCUGUUUGAUCAAUCACUUUGAUUUUCGUGCAUAUCAUAAACCCACCUUUGUUUUUUUCUUCCAA